AUGCACGUCCAGGCUCGGCCAUAUGCCUUCCCACAUGACCUCUCCUUCGAUCCCAGGACCACUGCUCUCAUCAUAAUAGACAUGCAGCGGGAAUUCUGCGAGGUCGGCGGCUAUCUCACAGAGUCACAAGGCUACCCUACACCGCUUCGCGCCACGAUAGCGCCCAUCAAAUCUCUGCUUACAGCAUUCCGGGCCGCCGAGUUCCCAGUCUACUUCACACGAGAAGGCCAUCGCCCAGACCUCUCAACACUGUCCUCACGUGAAUUGACCCGCUCAUACAUACGCACAGGCAAAGGCAUAGGCGAUGACGGCCCACUUGGCCGGUUUCUUGUUCGCGGCGAGCCUGGUCACAAUAUCAUUCCUGAGCUUGCGCCUCUUGAAAACGAGCCUAUCGUCGAUAAGCCCGGGCGCUCAGCGUUUGCGCAUACUGAUCUGGAGUUGAUGUUGCGAAUCAGAGGGAUCAGGAAUCUGGUGCUUGUGGGUGUCACGACUGAUGUUUGCGUGCAUACCACGAUGCGGGAAGCGAACGAUCGUGGCUUUGAUGUUUGUCUUGUGGAGGAUGCGACAGAGGCAGGGACAAAGGAACUGCACAAGGCUAGCGUGGCGAGUGUGCUAGAGGAAGGAGGCAUCUUCGGCUGCGUGACCACUACGAAGGCGCUGAUGGUGGCUUUGGCAACAUCGGGAGAUGGUGGUCGACAUGAUGAUGAUAGUUGA